UGUCAGUAUUAACUGUGCGAACUAGAACUCCCCUAGUACACCAUGCAGGUUUCGUUGGUAGUUUUCACUGUGCUCUUUUCGGUUGCUGUCGUUGCCGCAUGGCCCGACCCAGCCCCAAAGUGCCCUAAGAAUUGGUCGCUGUUUAAUGGUACGAGUUGUUUACAACUCUUCAAGAUGAAGGAGCCAUGGCAUGAAGCAAGGAGGCAAUGCAAGUUUAACCAGGCUGAUGCUGAUCUUGUUGUCGUCAACACAGAAGAAAAGAAGUCGUAUGUCCACACCAUGGUCCACGCAAAACCUCCCCUUUUCAGCUGCGGCAUAACGGGCAUAUCAGAGUACUGGAUAGGCGGCCACGAUUCCCAUAAAGAGGGUAGGUUCGAAUGGCUCGACACCUUCCACGUGCUCGACUAUACCAACUGGGACAGAUGGGAGCCAAACAACAGCUGGGGAGAAGACUGUAUCGAGAUGCAGUACACAGACGGCAAGUGGAACGACGAAGAUUGCAAUGAGAGGCGUUGUUUCGUGUGCGAGAAACCGGCUAAUUAGAGUUAUACGACCGAAAGUUUACAUUGCCGACAACCUUUUAUUGCAAGAACAGUAUGACCGGAAGAUAGCACGACACCGUGAUAUAAUUAUCCAUGGUACCCCAAACACAAAAACAUUAUUUUGAGAAUCAUAUUUAAGCCAUUUUGAAAUGUGGUGUAGGGCCUACACAUUGCGAUGACACUAUUUGGUUUGGACCCACUCAACUCUGUUUUACAUACCCUCUAUGGACAUUCCUUUGUUCUGUACACUUAAAGUCACCUGGAAAUAUAUUUAUUUAUUUUUUUGUUUUGUUUUUAACACUAGAGUAUAUUAUGGUUCUGAACAAUAAACUAUUUUUUUGAGUAACUGUUUUUAAC